AAACUCUGGAUUGUCCCUCGCAAGAAAAAUGCUCUUGGCCAGACUCAACCCACUGUAUCAAUGAAAAAUGGCAACCAGACCGACGAUCUUGGUCGGACACGGCGGAGAAUGAGAUGAGUGAGCAACAAAAAAGUUUCCAUUACGGUGGCCGGCAGCGGGACCAGACAGUGCCAAAUAGUACCCACGUGCCAUGUGACCACGUGAGGUGAGGGGGCAGUGAACAAAGCUGAGAAGCAACAACUCCCAUCACGUCAUCGUCAAAACUCACAACAAAAUGACUGGCUCUGGUCGUCUCUCCGGCUCUGGCUGCAACUCUGUCCCUGCAGCAGUGCAACUAAUGGUUUAAUUGCCCGCCAUGGUUCCGGUCUGCGGCGCAAGCGACGCCCCUGAAGGCCGUUGCGGAUGUGGUGAUACUUUUCAUGGCGAGAACUGCUCGAGAGUCCAUGAACAAACAUGUCCUCGGUGCGGUGGAAAAUCUGAUCCUUCUUCAUCAUCUCCGUGCCAUGUUCUUAGCUCCGAUUCGAGAUAUGAGAAAGACUUCGAGAAGGUUUGGAGAUGCGUUUGCGCCGCCGCCAAGGGUUUCAGUAUUGGUGCGGGUCUCAAAGGUGGUCUUGCUGCCUUUUCGAUACUCGCUCGGUUGAGAAGAGGGAGAUCCUCUGCUUCUCGAAGGACGGCUAUUAAGGGUUCGAAUCGUGAAGCGGUUGUUGUGGCCAUUAAAGAGACUCUUAGAUACGGUCUCUUCCUCGGCACCUUUGCGGGUACAUUUGUUUCUGUAGAUGAGUGUAUAGCUGCUUUGGGAGGACAUCGUAGGACGGCAAGAUGGAGAGCCUUGUUAGCAGGGGCGAUUGCUGGGCCUUCCAUGCUUUUGACUGGACCCAAUGCACAGCACACAAGCUUGGCCAUUUAUAUCCUUAUGCGUGCUGCUGUCCUAGCUUCCCGAUGUGGAAUAAAGAGCAAACGAUUUGGACGCAUUUGUAAACCUUUGACGUGGGCACACGGAGACAUUUUCCUUAUGUGCCUCUCUUCUUCACAAAUUCUAUCGGCUUACAUAUUGAAGCAAGACAGUUUGCCUCCAUCAUAUAGAUCUUUUCUAAAUAAACAUGGUGGAAAGGAUUCUGUUAUUUUACAAGGGGUCAAAGAAAUUACAAGUGGUGUUCCUUUUACUAAUUUGGAAGGGAUAGAGAAACAUUACAAGUUGCAGGGUGUGAACAUAAAACUAGAUCCUGAAAUGAAAGUACCAUGUUCGAUUGUACAUGGAAAUCAGUCUUGUGCUGCACACAUUAUUUCUUUUCUUGUUCAGGCUUAUGGAAGAGCAUUGCCAGUCUAUCUUCCAGUAUAUUUGAUUCCUGCACUAAUAGUCCAUCGUCAGGGCCUCUUGGAAAGUCCUUGUACAAUUUUGGGGAAGGGUCUCUUUGGCACAGCAAGAUCAAGCCUGUUUCUUUCUGUAUAUUGUGCAUCAGCCUGGAUGUGGACCUGUUUGCUGUUCAGGAUUUUUAAGACAUGUAACAUUCCCAUGGUGGUGAUGGGAACGUUUCCUCCAGGUCUAGCCUUGGGGAUUGAGAAGAAAAGUAGACGGUUCGAAAUCUCUCUAUAUUGCUUGGCAAGAGCCAUUGAGAGCUUCUUCACAUGUUUGGCUGAUGCCGAUCUGCUGCCAAGGUCAAGUAAGCUGAAGAGAAUCGACGUGGUCGUAUUCAGUUUGUCAACAGCCAUCAUCAUGCAUUGUUAUGCACAAGAGAGGGAAGUCUUCCGCUCCAAGUACCUGAACGUUCUCGACUGGGUGUUUGGUGUUCCUCCACCACCAUGCGAAACCCCACGUUGCAAAAACAGUUAAAUUAUGGGUUUAUGGGAUUUACAAAGGAAAUUCUUCGCUCCAAGUACCUGAACUGAAUCCUCUCCCCACAACUGUGAAACCUUUACCACGUAGAAUUCAAGUGGUAGUUCAGUACUAAAUUUACUCCAUCAAACACAAACACCUGCAAAUAAAAUAGUUUGUUGUAAAUUAUAAUUUUAUACACACUUGUACAGUUUCAGGCUUUUCGGUUUUAAUAAUUCCAAUAAAGCCAAAAAUUAAUGGUCGUUUAA